AUGGAGGGGCCCACCGUGGUGCUGGUGGCCUCCAGCACCGAGGGAAACAUAACAGCUUGGGACGUGCACACUGGCACCGCGCUGACCUCCUUCAAGUCCAACGCCUGCCCCCCUGGCGCCCUGUCUCCUCUGGGGCGAGACUACCUGGUGGCAGCGCAGCUGGGGCGCGGCGGCGGCCUGCACUUCUGGGCCUGGCACAAGGACCAGCUGUACCAGCGCAGCUUUGCCCCCGAGCCGCUCACGGCGGUGGCGGCCAGCCCCGGCGGCGUCUUCUGCGCGGCGGGCGGCGCCUCGGGGGCGGCCUACGUGUGGGAGAGCUCCAGCGGCCGCCUGCUCAAGGCCUGGCCCGCACACUACAAGGCCAUCACCUGCCUGGCCUUCUCGGGCUGCGGCGCGGUGCUGGUGAGCUGCGGCGAGGACACGAUGGUCAACGCCUGGCUGCUGGCGGAUGUGCUGGACGCCGCGGCGGGGCAGCAGGCGCAGAUGGGCGCCCCGCCGCUGCAGCCGCUGCACUCCUGGUCAGACCACACGCUGCCCGUGACGUGCCUGGCGCUGGGCGCGGGCGGCGGCGGCGCGCCGCUGCUGGCCUCCGGCAGCCUCGACCGCAGCGUGGCGCUGCGCAGGCUGGGCGGCGCGGGCGGCGGCGCGCCGCUGCGCAGCGUGCGGCUGCCGGCCGCGGUGCACAGCCUGGCGCUCGACCCCGGGGAGCACGCCCUGUACGCCGGCUGCGCCAGCGGCGCCAUCUACGAGAUCUCGCUCGUGGGGAACGCUGCUGCUGCAGCGGCGGCCGCCGACCACGCCGGCCCGGCACCUGGAGCUGCUGUAGCGCCGGCUGCGGCUGCGGCUGCGGCUGCGGCUGCUGCAGCGGCAGGGGCCGCCGCGUGCCCGCACCCUGUGAUGGAGGGGCACGUCGGCGUGGUCACCUGCCUGCAGCUCACCCCCGACGCCUCCCUGCUGGUGUCUGGGUCUGAGGACCAGUCUGUGCGGGUGUGGGACCUGCGCAGCCGCCAGCCCGUGCGCCUGCUGCAGAACCCGGCCAGGGGGCCCGUCACCGCGCUGCUGGUGCUGCUCCAGCCGCCCUUCAUGCAGGUUGGGGGCAGCCACGCGGCUUCUGCCGGCAGCCAGAGCGGCAGGCGGGGCCCCAAGCGGCCGCAGCCCCUGGCCCCGUUCUGCAAGUAUCCCAAUGCCCCCGGCACGCUCCAGCCCUGGGAGGGCGGCCUGGUGGUGCUGGACGGCUCGGUGGCGGCGGGAGAUGCCCUGGGCGACGACUGGCAGCAGCUGGCGGCAGCGGCAGGCGACGGCGAUGCUAUGCUGGCGGCAGCGCCUGCAGCUGCAGGAGCAGGCAUGGGCCAGGAAGGCGCAGCGGCGGCGGCAGCGGCAGGAGCGGGGGCAGCGGGCGGGGGCGACGCGGCGGCGCUGCAGGAGGAGAACCGGCGGCUGCGGGGGCAGCUGGCGGCGGCGCUGGCGGCGGCGCAGCAGUGGGGCCGCCUCAACGGCCAGCUGCAGCAGCUGUGCGCGGAGCGCCUGCUGGCAAACGGCCACUGA